UUUCAAUGUCAUUACAAGUGUCAAACUAUAAUUUUCCGUUGAAUACUAAACAAUUUGAAUUGUUUUUGAAGUAUUAUAUUACAGUUUAAUGAAUAAGUGACUCGUCUGUUUAUGUGAUUUCUAUAUAAACGGAAAUAAUUAAAUUCUCUAGAAAUAUUGUCAAAAUAGUAGUAAUUGUGUUAAUACAAUGGCCGAAUUUAAAACUCCAGUUAAAACACAGACAUCAUUAAACGAUGAUAAAAUCGUUAUUCCACCCUCGCCAUUUUUAAAUAGACUCGGUUAUGGAACAGGUGUGUCAGUUAUGCAGCUAGUAAGAUCGCCCAAAGCCGGACAGAUUCGGUCACCAUGGGCUCUCAAGAUGUUAAACAAGCGUGUAAAACCAAACAAAGUAUACACGGAAAGACUGCAGGCCGAGGCCGACCUGCUUAAGCGUAUGUCGCAUCCCAACAUCGUAGGGUUUAGAGCAUUCAGUAAAUCCAAAAUCUUAUACCUGGGAAUGGAAGCCUGUGAUUUGUCUCUCGGUGACAUGAUAGAAAAAAGAGUAGAAGAACAAGAUUGUGAGCCAUUCGCCCCUUGGCAAAUAGUAAAGGUUGCACUUGACAUUGGCAGUGCUUUAGGUUAUCUCCACACUAAGAUGCAAAUCCUUCACGGUGAUAUGAAGUCAUAUAAUAUUUUGGUGAAUGGUAAUUUUAUCAUUUGUAAACUUUGUGAUUUCGGAGUCACUUUGCCUCUUGAUGAGAAUGGAGUUUUCCACAAGGAAAAGGCAGGCAAUGUUGUGUACUAUGGUACUGAAGCUUGGAGUGCUCCGGAAGUAAUCCACGGAGGAGUCAUCACUAACAGAACAGAUGUUUGGUCACUGGGUCUUACGUUUUGGGAGAUGUUAGCUCUCGCCCCUCCUCACUCCAUCGACGAGACUCUCGAUGACAGUGUCAUGUCUGAUGACAGUAUCGACUACUUCAGUAGAUACGGCACGGUCCCUCCCAUUCCCGGUAACAUCUGUGAGCUACGUUACUCCGCUCCACUAACAUUAUUCUUCCACUGCACAUCCCUCACGGCCAGUGACCGACCCUCGGCCUGCACCCUGGCCGAGGUCGCUCGGCUGUGUUUAGAUAACAUGGAACGUGACUGACACAAUCUUGAUACAAUGGAGUUAUUUAUAAAACGUCCACAGGACUUAGUGUAAUGAAAACAUGCUCUCUGCAUUGAUUACUAUCUGUCUGUCAUAACUUUAAACUGUUGUGGAUAACGGAGUGAGUUAUAGUACCGUGUAGUAUACAACACUAGGUCGUACAAAGCUGCACGUGUAACGGUUACAUGACUUUAAUUUUACUUGGUUCACUUUAAUAUCGAAAUAUGUAUUUUUUUAACAGAAAUUUAAUAAAGUUAAUUAUUUGAAACGUUUAA